AUUGAAAGAGCCAGGUAAAUAAGCUAGAAAAGAUCAACAUCCAGAGUCAAAAUACUUGAUGCAAUUUUGUGCUUGUUUAUUAACACAUUCCAGUCCCAUUUCUAUCAAUUUUCAUGCUGUAAUAUUUUUAUAGUUUCAAGAUUUGUAUAUUUUUAUAGUCAAGAAGAGGAUGAAAAAUAAAUUUGACAUGUUGAAAGAUGAGGACAGUGGUGAGGAGAAGGAAGAUACCGAAGUAUCCAAAGACCAUCAAGUAGACAAGUUUGUAUGGCCCAAGGUUAAGCCAGGGCAGGGUGAGCACCAGCUACAGUACUCCUAUUCUAUGUGGUUUUCCAAGCGUACACCAGGGAACAAGGCAUCAUCCACAAACUACGAACAGAACAUCAAAACAGUCGGCAGCUUUGCAUCAGUUGAACAAUUUUGGACGCUGUACACACAUCUUGCCAGACCCUGUGAUCUCACAAGCAGCAGUGACUAUCAUUUAUUCAAACAGGGUAUCAAGCCAAUGUGGGAGGAUGAUGCUAACAAGAGUGGCGGCAAGUGGAUUGUGCGUUUAAGGAAAGGUCUUGCCUCCCGCCUGUGGGAGAACCUCAUCCUGGCCAUGCUGGGCGAACAGUUCAUGGUUGGCGAUGAAAUCUGUGGUGCUGUCGUGUCCAUCAGAUUUGCUGAGGACAUCAUAUCAAUCUGGAAUAGAACUUCUAGCGAUGUGACCAUCAGCCUUCGCAUCCGAGACACGCUGAGAAGAGUUCUCAAUCUUCCCCCAAACACCAUCAUGGAAUACAAGACACAUACUGACAGUAUCAAAGACAACUCCAGCUUCAGAAACACGGAUAUUUUCACGAAGUAGCAGCCAAGAUGGGGCAAGCCGUUCGUCCACUAGGCACAAACAUGCUUGAUGCACAUUGUGUACAUAAACAGAUCCCAUUGUCCAAAAAAAUCAGUUAUUGCAUCUGUUAUGGGCCAUAUAGGCUCCGUGCAUAAACAGAGAGGGCGCUUUUUAACCACUUUCGAGAACCAACUGGGCCAGUGGUCUCCCCCAACUCUCCCUUUCUUACCGUUGAGGGGGUACUUGUGCACGGAGCCCAUAGUUAACAGGACUUCAGGGUGAAAUUCAUUUCCUCAAUCGAGUUGUAACAAGGGUUAAGUUGAGCACCUGACUUUAUCAUUUGCUUUCCAAAUUUGGAGUUCUUAUUUCACAAUUGAAUUAUGCACUUUGGGAAUUAAUCCCCUUCAUGUGUUUUGCCAGUACUUGUUUACGGUAGCUCAAACAAACAUGCUCCAUUGUUCCAGUCAUAACUGCCCAGAGUAACUGCAAAUACCAUGAUAAGAAUAGUGAGUAAUGAAAUGUUGAAACACCAUCCAUGAUUUCACUCGUUCACAUCGGUACAUCCGGUGACUGUGAUAAAAAUUCACAAUUAAUAUUUAUCAUUUGCUAUUCCCCAGGUUGCCUUGUGUGCUACUCCUGAGUAUGUUCCUUUGAAAUUCUAAAAGCUCCAUAUAUUGGUAACUGGUCCACACAAGGAACCGGUUUAAAACAUUUACAUGUUUUAUAACAAUUACGGAAUUCAAAAUUACCUGAACCAUUUGCUUGCAUCUAUGAAUUUUCUCUGAUGGGUCCAAACAUAAUAUCAAUAGAGCAGUGGGUUGUUGUCAUGAUGUGCACUAUUAAAAAUGUUUUGUAAAUACAA